AUGGAGUCCAGAGGGAAGUCGACCAGUAGCCCCAAGCCCGACACCAAGGCUCCCCAGGCCGCUGCUGAGGCCAGAGCCCCGCCAGCUGUGGAUGGCAAAGCUCCCUCGGCUAAACCUGGGAAGAAGGAGGCUCAGGCAGAGAAGCAGGAGCCUCCAGCGGCCCCCACACCACCGACUGCCAAGAAGACCCCUGCCAAGGCAGACCCUACGCUUCUCAAUAACCACAGCAACCUGAAGCCGGCCCCUGCAGCCCCCAGCAGCCCGGAUGCAACCCCCGAGCCCAAGGGCCCCGGGGACGGCGCUGAGGAGGACGAAGCCCCCAGCGGGGGCUCAGGGGGCCGAGGCCCUUGCCCCUUUGAGAACUUGACCCCGUUCCUGGUGGCUGGGGGUGUGGCUGUGGCAGCCGCAGCCCUAAUUCUUGGUGUGGCCUUCCUGGCCCGGAAAAAAUGA